AUGGGACGACGAAAGCUGCCUUCAAUACCAACGCAACGUGCGGAGAAGGUCAGCGAGACGCCUCCCGCUCCGGUCUUCCUCACGUCAAGCGCUCCAGUCGUAUCUCCGUCUUCCGAUCGACAAUAUCAUGCUCAGGAUCCUCGUGCCUAUUCACAACCCGCUUCCCGUGCUGCUUCUCUAAGCAAUCUGUCAUUGCCAUCCUCUUCAUCAGCCGCUCACUGUCGCACAGUAUAUUCUGCCAUCCUUCCCGGAGCAGCAAUCGUUAAUGCAAAACCUAAAUUACUCCUUCGACAGACGACUUCUGCUGCUGCAGGUGAUCGCUCCUCAGUGCUGGGGCAAACAUCGGGUACUAAAAUGCCCAAUCCACUUGCACGAGUGUUGCUGAAGAAGGAACUAAAGGAAGUCUUGGAAAGAAGACGAGAAUCCUUGGAAGCCUGUGAAAUAGAGGCCAAUCAAAGGCAGUAUAUCGUGCAUCGAAUGCUUAUUACUGGACUUUUGCCUGAAUAUCGUUCUGUUGAUAUUGAUAAUAUUCCUAAUGUGAUACCCUGUCUAUUGCCUAUUGAACUUAUCAGUGGUGCUCGUGUGGUACCAAGUGAAGUACCCAGUACGACAACCUCAGUGACGACCACCUCCGUCCCUGAACGUUCUUCUGUUCUACCUUCCUCAUCCUCGAUUCAAAGUAGUACGCAAGAAGUGGGCAUUUCUACCGACGACUUUUGUUUAGAACCGAAAUUGAGAUCGGUUGGAGUUCAGUCGGAAAGUUCUUUUGCCACUGCAACUACAUACACUGCCAUACCUAGCUCAAUCUAUCAUACAACUACUGCUUCACUCAGACACCAUAUGAAACAUGAUCAGUUCGAUCCAUUUAGUAUCAAUACGGAUUCAGCAGCGGUGCUGCAACCACGCUUCCAGUCCACGGAAACGCAAACAAAUGGCAUCACGACUUAUGAAGUUCAUAGCAACCAGUUGUCCAGUCGCCGUCAUCGUAGCUCAGCCAGUAAUAUAUUUUCGUCUUCCGAACCAAAUUUGCUGGAAUCUACAGCAAAAUACUUCGCAGAAUAUGAUAGGCAACUUCGGGAACAUGGACGACGAUUGAAAAAUCGUUUUGCUUUCAGCGACGAUGAUCCAGUAAACAGGGAAACCAGAAAACAGAGAGUAAUGGAUGAACUCGCGCAGAGGAAAGAAAAGAUUUCAUCUAUGAUUGACUUAUAUUCACGACCUAGUUUCCCAAUUACUCAUCCUACUUCCGAUUAUUCAUCUAUCGUUCCACAUUACGGAUCUUUGCCAAGGAUCGAUUUCCCUGCAACACGUUCUCCUCGAUCAAAUCGACGUGACCACAUAAGUCGUAAUCGUAGUCGAUCUUCAUUCGGGUACGGAUCACUUCCACGGAACUAUGAGCGCUGUACUGAACGAAAUUAUGGUGAUUCGCGGAAUGAUUAUUACCAAUCACUUCCAAUUCCAGCAGGACGUUAUGAAGCGCUUUCGAGGUCCUGGCAUAAUGUGAAUCCUACUACUGUGGAAGAUCCCAUCCUGGAUUCCAGAACGAGGCUUUAUGCCACUCGAUCCACGAAUUAUUUAGAUCCAUGGUUAUCAUAUCCGGAAUCAAAUGUCUCUUUUGGACGUCCAUUAAUGAAAGCUGCAUAUGAUGAUUUGUAUAGAGCGCAGUACAUGCCUAGUGCACGAGCACAGAAUUUUUAUGGUCCCCAAGGUCUACCUCAUACCGAUAUUAUCUCACAGUAUGCAAAUUACCUGAGUAAUCAAUUUAUAACUGACCAACAGAAGCUUAUGAGCGGUUAUCCAGCGGAGGAACUGAUGUACCUCAAUCAAGCCAAAAAACGUCCCUACUCUGUGCCUAGAUAUAGAUCCUCUACCGCCAGUGGUCAAGCACUACCUAUGAUAAAUUAUGAGGAUCCAUUGCCUUCUAUGGAGGUUGAUUCAGCAUGCUUACAUCCAAAUCAACCAAUUCAGCAACCGAUUAUUCCCGAUCCUUAUAUAAAUUUUCCCUCUUAUGCGCAAAGUAAUCAUAAUGAAAUGUGGCCUUGGUGUCAGCAGCUUCCUUACGCGAAUAGUAGCGCACUUGAUAAUAAUGCAGCACUACCUUAUCAUUAUCCCAACCAUUUUUCUCAGACACCGAAUACUCUCCCUGGAGCUUCACCUCUUCUUGGUCAGGUUUAUAGUAGGAACGACGCAAACUAUGGCUCAAGACCGUCUCAUUAUGCUACUGAGUAUGGUAAUUAUUAUCGGGACAGAGCAGCUCAUCAAUUGCCGGACUCUUCAAAUAGAAACUAUGCAGUAAGAAGUCACUAUCCUUAUAUUCCUUAUUCCACCCAAUAUCACGCAGGUAACCGUUAUCUGAACGUUGGUGAGCAAUCUUAUUCACCAAAUCAACCAUCGACAUUUAUGGAUAACUAUCCGCCAAUCUCUCAACAACCUAGCCAUGCAAUUAGAGCGUGGUCAAAUGGGAAUAUUCCGGUGAACAGUUAUGAUGCCGUUUAUCCAAAAGAAGAUGCUCUGAAUCGCAUGUAUACAACAUUGAGCUAUCAGCGUUCUAUGCGUCCACAGCAUUACGGUAAUGGUGCCACCUCACUUAUGUAUUCAUAG